AUGUCGAUCGCGACGGACAAGCAGCAGCCGCCGCAGCCGCCGCCCAAAGGAGGCGGAGGCGUGUUCAAGAACGCGGCCCUGCAGGUUUUGCGCAAGGAACGCCGCCUCAUGUCGACCGGAGAAGUGACGCGGACCGCGAUCCGCAUGGGGAUCAUCGGGAGCCUCCCGGGGAAGACCCCGGAGGCUACUAUGGCCAGCGCGCUCUACACGGACAUCAAGAAGUGGAAGGAUGGCAAGGCUGGGUCCGUGUUCUGCCGACCGCGCGAAGGGCUGUUCGGCCUGCGCGAGUGGGCGGACGACGAAGAGCUCGCCGAGCUCGUCGCGGGACACGAGGAUGCCCUCCCGACGGUUAAGCGCCCUCGGUCGCCCACGAGAAACGGCGAAAAGUUUGGCCGCCGCCGCCCGGGCUCGUCGUCCGACUCGGACUUUAAGGGUUUGUUCAAGGAUGGGGCGGCGAUCAGGCGCAAGGGGAAGGGGAUCAAGGGCGCGCACGAUUCGGACUCGGAGGAUUCGGAGUUUCCCGCGGUGGCGAUGAACCUGCACAGGGCGGGGUUCAGCGUGCACCAGGGCGGCGGCGGCGGCGGCGGCGGCGGCGGGGGCGCGGCGGUCCUGGGCGUCGACACCGCGCCCGAGCUCCUGAUGCUGCUCAACGCGGCGGAGGAGCUCGAGAUGACGGAGAACCCGCACGCCAACGUGUUCCGGGGGGUCAAGAGGAAGGCUGCUCGGGACGUGAUCGGCUCGGGGGGUAUCGCGCCCGAUAUGAUGAACGGUUUGAACAACCCCAUGGCGGCGCUGCAGAUGCAGCUGCAAUUGCAGCAACAGCAGCAGCAACAGCAGCAGCAGCAGCAGCAGCAGCAGGACUGGCAGCAGCAUCAGCAGCAGCAGGCGAUGAUUGGCGGGAUGGGCGGCGCCCUGGGCGGGAUGAACAUGCAAGACAUCCUUGCCGCGCAGUUCCAGCUGGCGCAGCAGCAGCAGCAGCUCGCCCAGCAGCAGCAGCAGCAGCAGCAGCAGCAGCAACAGCAACAACACCAGCAAGGUGGAGUGCACCCGGUCGAGGCCGCGAUCAUGAUGGCGCGCCAAAUGCAGGCGGCGCAGGGGCAGUUUGGCGCUCAAGCGCAGCUUCCCCAGCAGCAGCCGCCGCCGCAGCGGCAGCAGCUCGACCUCGCGCAGUGGCAGCAGAUCAUCGCCGCGCAGCAGCAGGCGCAGCAGCAGUUCGUCGCGGCGCAGUCGGCUGCGGCGGGGUGGGGCGGCGCGACCGCGGCGGCGGCGUCCGCCCCGGCGAGCAUCGCCGAACCCUCCGUCCCCGCCCCCGUCGUCGGAGCGCCCGAGCCCGAGCCCCCCGGCGUAACUGCCGGCGGAAACGGAGCCACCGCGGAGUUGGACGCGUUCAUCCAGCAGCUCGCCACCCGAGCCGCGGAGCUCUACGCGCAGCUCGGUCCGCACGCCACCGUGGUUCAGACGCUCACGACGUUGGUGGUGGCGUGUCACCGGGGGGGGUACAAGCGGGACGCGGAGUUGGCCGCGGGACAGCUGUGGGAGGUUAUCCGAGCGAGCAGGUUCCCGGGUGGCGUCGGCGAAACCCCGGAGGGCAUCGCCGUGUUGAGGGCGCAGCUCGGGGCGAUGAUGGACCAGGCUCUGGGCGCGGAGGGGGCGGCGAUGCUCGCCGCGGCUGGCGCGGGCGGUGACGAGUCGGGAUUGGCGGCGGCGGCGGCGGCGGCGGCGCAGUCGACGCAGUACGCCGCCAACGCCCGCGUCGGCGCGCACUGACGAUCAAACCUCAUUGUGACAACCGACACAAAUGCGGCGCGGCCCGCUUGAUUUCGUCGGAGGACGAACGAACGAGGGACGAAUCUUGAGCGUCGACGAGAGGUUUAGCCAAACCCUAAACCGUCGACGACGGACUCGCGACGAACCUUGUAACGAACGAAAGAACGAACGCGCGACGAACGCGUAAUGAAUGAA